AGAGAGAGAGAGCGAGCGAGGCACAGGUGAAGCGCACGAGCCUCAACGUCUGCAUGAGGAAAACACGGUGACGAGGAAGAAGCAGCAGCAGAGGCGAGGCGGAGGACUCCAGAGAAGACACACACGCGCACACUCAUUGCGGCUUGUUGCUGUUUUUUAACGGGUCGCUUCUUCCCGGUUCCUCCCCUUCCUCCUUCGCCUCCUCCUCCUCCCUCCUCCUGCUCUCCCGCCGGUAUCGAUCCGUCAGCGGCUGAUCACCGAUCACAUUCACUCCGAGUCGACGCCUGGUGACAGCACACUCAGAAAAGGAAAGGAAAGGAAGGAAAGGAGAAAGGAGAAGUGGAUUUGUGACGGGAGGGGGGGCCGAGAAGACCACCUCACCUCACCGAGCCGAACCGAACCGAACCGAAGCGGGAGAUGGAGGGCAAAGAGAAGGCACCGGCAGAGCCGCAGUUGAAGGGCAUCGUCACACGUCUCUUCAGUGAGCAGGGUUUCUUCCUGCAGAUGCAGCCUGAUGGAGCCAUCAGUGGAAACAAGGACGAGAACAGCGACUACACUCUGUUUAACCUGAUCCCCGUGGGUCUGAGGGUCGUGGCGAUGCAGGGCGUGAAGGCGGGACUUUACAUGGCCAUGAACGCAGAGGGAUUCCUCUACACAUCAGAUGUGUUCACGGCAGAAUGUAAGUUUAAGGAGUCCGUGUUCGAGAACUACUACGUCAUCUACUCGUCAACGCUGUACCGGCAGCACGAGUCGGGCCGCGCCUGGUUCCUGGGCCUCAACAAGGAGGGCGUCAUCAUGAAGGGAAACCGAGUGAAGAAGACCAAACCCUGCUCGCACUUUGUCCCCAGACCCAUCGAAGUCUGCAUGUAUAAGGAGCCGUCGCUGCACGAGCUUGAAGAGAAGCUGUUGAAAUCAUCACGGAGCCCAACGAUGAACAGCGAGGAGCGUGCAGGGAUCCUAGAGCAACAGAAAGAGCAACCGGAGGACUCCACAGAGCAAGACGGGUCAUAGCCUGCAGCGCCCCCCACAGGAGGAGAAGGAGGAGGCGAAGGCGGAGGCGAACUCCCAUUUUAACACUCCCUCGGUUCAGCAGCAACAACAACAACGACGACAACAACCACUCCAACGACGACAACGCCACAGCGACGAUGGCACCGGCGACGACAAAGAAAACAAAGAAAAAAGAAAAAAAAAGUCAUAGAAAAAGAAAUCUUCUUGCUCAUAAAAAUAUUUUAAAUCUAAGGGGGCGAGGGGGGCUGAGGGAAGGGGCGGGGCUUCUUUGUGAAAUCAGGACAUUGAUUAUGAUGAUGAUUUACAUUUUAUGCAAAAAUCCCUGCUGAAACCGCAGCGGGAAGCUAGCACACCUAUUCUUCAUCGCCACUGUAAUCAUCACCACGGCCGCCAUUGUCAUUUCCUUCACGCUGACAGCAAAAUGUUUGAGUGGAGCAAGCGCUCGGAACUCCAAAGCUUUAAGCCAUGUAGAAAAUUCACUUCAUGUCAUUCGAUGAAUGCAACAACGCUCGCACUUUUGACACGUCACGCUUCUUCUUCUUCUUCUUCUUCUUCAUGUUGUUCUGUCCAAUUAGAAAAAGUUUCAGCUGAUUUGUCCUAUUUGAUUUUUGUUGUAUACGUUCUGUUGCAGACACUACUGUUAAAACGAGCUAGAGGGGGAACUUGCACAUGAGAGACAGCCUCGUCCCGGUGUGGACCACUGACAGUCGCUCUCUUGCUGAUCGUUUCAGUGAUCCUGUGUCCGUUUGUACGUCCUUGCAGCAGAAACAUAAAUCAUCUGUGAGAAGAUGGUCGGGUUUAAAAAACAGUACAUUAGUACAUACAAAUUUAUGAGGCUCAAGUUUCUGCCAAACGCGUUCUUGAACAUACGCACAGGGAGAGUUUUCAGACCGGUGUCCGUUCUUCAACGAUCGCAGCGUGGCCAAGAUGCCGGCAGUGCAUCAGUAGAGAUGAACUUGAAACUGACUAAGCAGGAAAAUAAUGUAAAAACUGAUGGUUUCUAAAAUGCAGGACAGUGAGGUGCACACAAAUGAAAUGAAGGACUAAAAAAAACUCUCUGCCUUUAGGGUAGUGAAUAUUGAUUGUGGUGGUAUAUUUAUAAGUUCUUCCAUGAUACAAAAGAAAGUCGUUGAAAAGAUAAGCAGCUUAUUGUGCCGCGCUGAUCCAGGUCUAACAGCACAGAAGAGAGCGACUCACUUACCUGUACAAGCGACACACAUGACUUGACAUGACACAGUAUGAUCAAAUAAAACUAAAUACAUGAUCCGGAAACAUCGGCUCACAGUCGACUCCACCUGCUGCUCUCUUUUUAGGUGAUUCAAUACAUUUUAUUUUUAUAUUUUACAUCAAAGAACGUCACAAGUUGUUUUUCCUUUAAAUUGUGUCCAUGAAGGUUCACAGUCAUGCAGGUGACUGUGUCUUUAAGAGUGUAGAAAUCAGCAGCGACAAACAUAUCCAAAUGAAACUCUACACUUUUGUAUAUUUUCCUUCUUCCUUUUUUUCCAAGCGAAUCAGAUCGUACUUUAGUCGCAAACACAUUUUUUAAAUGUUAGUAUUCCUGCUACUUUAGAGUCAGACAGACAGACGGAGAGACGGGUGAAUGUUUAUCAAAAAUCAGUUUAGGUGGUGAUGGACUUAAAGGCCUCUCCGCUGGAGACAUCGGUUACGCUGCACAUCUAGUCAAAGCAAAGUUCAGACGUUUGUUAUAAGGUUGUUGAACAAAACAAAUAUUGUUGUCAAAGCGGAAAAUAUUAUGGGAAACACGCAGAUGCGUUCAGGUGUCGGUUGACGGGCUGGUUGGUGACACUGCCCUGCUUCAUGUAGAUGAAACGCACUGCCCUGAAACGUCAUCAUACUUCUAAAAGUAAUAAACAUGAAAUCACCUUCACCAGGUUAAAGUUCACAGCCAGUCAUUUCAAAAAAGAUAUUUUUGGAGUGUCUUGUUUUCCAGAGUGGCGUCAUCGCACUGCCUUUUUUCCAACACUUAACCAAGUUCUUCUCUCACUUAAACUCGUGAAUGACCAGGUUUCCCAAAAGCAUGUUCAACAUUUUUUACGUUUACAGAAAAAAAAUGUCAGUGCCCACUUCAAAAGCAAAAUGAACCCUCUCUCUCUCUAUCACUGCCUUUGUUCUCCUGUGGAAUAUAUAUAUAUAUAUAUAUAAUUUUGUACAGGUUGUUUACAUCUUCAGGAUUUAAUGAUUUAACAACAAAAAAAACAACAAAACUGCUCCCCCACAAAGACUGAAAACACCACACUCAGGUCGUUUUUGGGAAACUUGGUCGUCUUCCGUCAGCCGACAUGAAAACAUACGUGAAGCAUUUGAUUGUCUGCAUGUGGGGAACUGUGAUGCAUGCUGCUAUUUGUGCUGUUUCUGCUGCAAUGUUUUAACCUGACGUGUCAGAAUGAAGUGUAGGGGUCAGGGACGAGGUCAAGGUCAGGGACGGGGUCGAGGUCAGGGCUUGUAAUUGGAUGCGACAGCCCCAAGUGUUUCCCUUCUUGUUUUGUUUUGUUUUUAUAUUGUGUAUUGUGUAUUUAGUGGAUGGAUGGAUGGACAGAUGUAGAGGGAAAGGGAACGUACCAAUCACAGUCCACCGCACUGCCUCAAGAAAGUCUUCCAGUUUGAAGUUUUGACUCUGUCCAUGUAGAGACGGCAGAGUCCAUGUCGUCUUAAGUUUGUCGUCUGUGAAUGUUUCUCUUCCCAAACUGUCGAUAUCUUAAUGUCGACGCCAUCUUUUAACAAAUGAAUCCAAAACAACUUAAUCUAAUGGUGCAUUCGAUUACCACGGGAGAAAACAUGGACGGGAAAAAGAUUUGCACCAGUUUGUCAGUUUUACUGUGUUUUUUAUUUUUUAAAUGACUUAAACGUUUGCGUGACACUAUGGUUGUGAAUAUUAGUGAUAAUGUUAAAUCCAUUCUCACCUUUAAGGCUGUUUCUUAGAACGGACAUUAAAGUUAACAAAGAACAACAGUCAACUCACACACUAAUUAAUUAGCAAUAGUCAUGAUGAUGAUAAUGUUAUCAUUAUCAUCAUCAUUAUGACAUUAUUAGUGAUCAUUAAAGUGCAGCUGAGUUGACCUGUUGACCUCCAAAGUCCGCCUGUAGGCAGCGCUGUUUGUCCGCAGCACUGCCAAAAGUCCACUGGCACAAAAUGAUGAUGUCAUUAAAGCAACGGAGAGGAGGAGGAGGAGGAGGGAGAGGAACUGUUGCCGAGUGGAAAUGUCGUGAUCUUUCUUUGUGUUUGCUGAUGUUUGCACCUUUUCUGAAACACAGUCAUCUAUCGCAUCAUAUAUAAGACAAAAAAAAACGCCAUCGCAAAUACGCCGCAGGAUUAAAAAGAUGAUUGAAAAAUAAAAAGAGAAUCAUAAGAAAUA